CAUGAUACACAAUGCAAAGGCUCUCCACUUAUAAUUCCAAAGUGCUGGGGUUGAGUCUGGCCGUUCCAUUGUACAGCAAUGACCUGGAGGGGUAAAUGUCCCCCUUGAUCCUGUAAGAUGGUUCUUUAGCUCCUUCUGGAAGCAUCCAAGUGCUGCGUUCUGACUAGUGGCCAAGCACGUGACAUCCCAAACUUCAGCAAAGGUACAAUAAGACUAUGUCAGAGAGUCACAAUGACCUUUCACAGUAACAGUACAACCUCGCCUUUGUUUCCCAACAUCAGCUCUUCCUGGGUGCACAGUCCCUCAGAGGAGGGGCUGCCCUUGGGGACAGUCACUCAGUUGGGCAGCUACAACGUUUCACAAGCAACUGGGAAUUUCUCCUCAAACGACACCUCCAGUGACCCUCUGGGGGGCCACACCGUCUGGCAAGUGGUAUUCAUUGCACUCUUAACUGGCUUCCUGGCCUUGGUGACCAUCAUCGGCAACAUCCUUGUCAUUGUGGCAUUUAAGGUCAACAAACAGCUGAAGACAGUCAACAACUACUUCCUCUUAAGCCUGGCCUGUGCAGAUCUGAUCAUCGGGGUCAUUUCUAUGAACCUGUUCACUACAUACAUCAUUAUGAACCGCUGGGCACUGGGAAACUUAGCCUGUGACCUCUGGCUUUCCAUUGACUAUGUGGCCAGCAAUGCUUCCGUCAUGAAUCUGCUGGUAAUCAGCUUUGACAGGUACUUUUCCAUCACCAGACCUCUUACGUACCGAGCCAAACGAACAACAAAACGAGCCGGUGUGAUGAUUGGUCUGGCUUGGGUCAUCUCCUUUGUCCUGUGGGCUCCUGCCAUUUUGUUCUGGCAAUACUUUGUAGGGAAGAGAACUGUGCCCCCAGAAGAGUGUUUUAUUCAGUUUCUCAGUGAGCCCACCAUCACCUUCGGCACAGCGAUCGCUGCCUUUUACAUGCCUGUCACCAUCAUGACUAUUUUAUACUGGAGGAUUUAUAAGGAGACUGAGAAACGUACCAAAGAGCUGGCUGGGCUACAGGCCUCUGGGACAGAAGCAGAAGCAGAAAACUUUGUCCACCCCUCAGGCAGUUCUCGAAGCUGUAGCAGCUAUGAACUACAACAGCAAGGCAUGAAACGGUCAUCCAGAAGGAAGUAUGGUCGCUGUCACUUCUGGUUUACAACCAAGAGCUGGAAGCCCAGUGCUGAACAGAUGGACCAAGACCACAGUAGCAGUGACAGUUGGAAUAACAAUGAUGCUGCUGCCUCCCUGGAAAACUCUGCUUCCUCCGAUGAAGAGGACAUUGGCUCAGAGACCAGGGCCAUCUAUUCCAUUGUUCUGAAGCUGCCAGGCCAUAGCACUAUCCUCAACUCUACCAAGCUACCCUCCUCAGAUAACCUACAGGUACCAGAUGAGGACCUGGGGACUGUGGAUGUAGAGAGAUCCCACAAGCUUCAGGCCCAGAAAAGCAUUGAUGACCGUGACAACUGUCAGAAGGACUUCUCCAAGCUUCCCAUCCAGUUAGAGUCUGCCGUGGACACAACCAAGACCUCUGACACCAACUCCUCGGUAGACAAGACCACGGCUGCUCUACCUCUGUCCUUCAAGGAAGCCACGCUGGCUAAGAGGUUUGCUCUCAAGACCAGAAGUCAGAUCACCAAGCGGAAAAGGAUGUCGCUCAUCAAGGAGAAGAAGGCCGCCCAGACGCUCAGUGCCAUCUUGCUAGCCUUCAUCAUCACAUGGACCCCCUACAACAUCAUGGUCCUGGUGAACACCUUCUGUGAUAGCUGCAUACCCAAAACCUAUUGGAAUCUGGGCUACUGGCUGUGCUAUAUCAACAGCACCGUGAACCCUGUGUGCUAUGCCCUGUGCAACAAAACAUUCAGAACCACCUUCAAGAUGCUUCUCCUAUGCCAGUGUGACAAAAAGAAGAGGCGCAAACAGCAGUACCAGCAGAGACAGUCGGUCAUUUUUCACAAGCGAGUGCCCGAACAAGCCUUGUAG